ACAACCGAAGAUGGCUGCGCCCUUGCCGAAGUGCUGAAGAAGUGCCUCUCCGGAGACAUCCUCGCGAUCGUGUGGAGUUUCCGCCACUUCUGUGCCACCGAAUCCGCUCCGAGGGACACCGGUCUGCGGGAGGACACCACGCGAGCCCACUAACCGACAUUUGCGGCCGGUGCUUCGCGCGGCUGUGGCAGACUGUCCGUGUGAAGAUGGGCCUCGUCUCCAGCCCCUUCCCAUAGCGAAGAGCCGUGGGGAGAGGAGCCGCAGAUUCCCCUGCAAACACGCGCCCGUCCAGCUCGGAUUUGACGGCUUUGACAUCUUGUACAGGCUCUGGACGCUGCCCUACAACUUCCUGACCAGGAUCGUCUGCGCGACCGUGUCUGUCAUCGUCCGGAGGCGGAGAGGUUCCCCAGCCCGUGUAGAGAAUCCCACAGCACCGAGGGCCCUGAUGAAGAUGGACUCAGAUUUGAUUCAUUCGCCGGCUGUGGGCCUCACUGAGGAGGAGGAGGCCGACAUGAAUGACUGGAAGCUUCCUCUGGCGUUCAUGAAGAAACGCCACUUGGAGAAGAUCGAGGGCUCCAAGGCUUUGGCACAGAGCUGGAGGAUGAAGGACCGGAUGAAGACCGUAAGCGUCGCGCUGGUGCUGUGUCUCAACGUCGGAGUGGACCCUCCUGAUGUGGUGAAGACGUCCCCCUGUGCCAGACUCGAGUGUUGGAUCGAUCCUCUGUCCAUGAGUCCACAGAAAGCUCUGGAGACCAUCGGGGCCAACCUUCAGAAGCAAUACGAAACCUGGCAACCCAGGGCGCGUUACAAACAGAGCCUGGAUCCCACCGUGGACGAGGUGAAGAAGCUGUGCACGUCACUGAGGCGUAACGCCAAAGAGGAGCGAGUCCUCUUCCACUACAACGGCCACGGGGUCCCGCGACCCACGGUCAACGGGGAAAUCUGGGUCUUUAAUAAGAACUACACCCAGUACAUCCCACUGUCCAUCUACGACCUGCAGACGUGGAUGGGGAGUCCGUCCAUAUUCGUGUACGACUGCUCCAACGCCGGGAUCAUCGUCAAGUCGUUUAAACAGUUCGCUCUUCAGAGAGAGCAGGAGCUGGAGGUGGCGGCCAUCAAUCCGAGCCACCCCCUGGCCCAGAUGCCGCUGCCCCCCUCCAUGAAGAACUGCAUCCAGCUGGCAGCCUGCGAGGCCAGCGAGCUGCUGCCCAUGAACCCCGACCUCCCCGCCGACCUCUUCACCUCCUGCCUCACCACGCCCAUCAAGAUCGCUCUCCGAUGGUUUUGUAUGCAGAAAAGUGCCAAAUUGGUGCCGGGGGUGACGUUAGACCUCAUUGAGAAAAUCCCUGGCAGGCUCAAUGACAGACGCACUCCCCUCGGCGAGCUCAACUGGAUCUUCACAGCCAUCACUGACACCAUCGCCUGGAACGUGCUGCCCAGAGAUUUGUUCCAGAAGUUGUUCCGUCAGGACCUGCUCGUCGCCAGCUUGUUCCGCAAUUUCCUCCUGGCGGAGAGGAUCAUGAGGUCGUACAACUGCACGCCGGUCAGCAGCCCCCGUCUGCCCCCGACGUACAUGCACGCCAUGUGGCAGGCGUGGGACCUGGCUGUGGAUAUCUGCCUCUCUCAGCUGCCCACCAUCAUCGAGGAGGGCACCGCCUUCAGACACAGUCCUUUCUUCGCUGAGCAGCUGACGGCCUUUCAGGUCUGGCUGACGAUGGGUGUGGAGAACAGAAAUCCUCCUGAGCAGCUUCCUAUUGUACUGCAGGUGCUGCUCAGUCAGGUGCACCGGCUCCGGGCUCUGGACCUGCUCGGACGCUUCCUGGACCUGGGACCGUGGGCUGUCAGUCUGGCGCUGUCUGUGGGGAUCUUCCCGUACGUGUUAAAGCUGCUGCAGAGUUCAGCCCGGGAGCUGAGGCCGCUGCUGGUUUUCAUCUGGGCUAAAAUCCUGGCUGUGGACAGUUCGUGUCAAGCCGACCUGGUGAAAGACAACGGACACAAGUACUUCCUGUCAGUUUUGGCCGACAGUUACAUGCCAGCCGAGCAUCGGACGAUGGCCGUCUUCAUACUGGCCGUUAUCGUCAACAGCUACAACACGGGACAGGAGGCGUGUCUGCAGGGAAACCUGAUCGCCAACUGUCUGGAGCAGCUGUCGGACCCACAUCCUCUGCUCCGGCAGUGGGUGGCCAUUUGCCUGGGUCGCAUCUGGCAGAACUUUGACCCGGCGCGCUGGUGCGGAGUCCGGGACAGCGCCCACGAGAAACUCUACACUCUGCUGUCAGAUCCCAUCCCUGAGGUGAGGUGUGCUGCUGUCUUUGCUCUGGGGACGUUUGUGGGGAACUCUGCAGAGAGGACGGACCAUUCGACCACCAUUGACCACAACGUGGCCAUGAUGUUGGCUCAGCUCAUCAAUGAUGGAAGCCCUGUGGUCCGCAAGGAGCUGGUUGUAGCACUGAGUCACCUGGUGGUCCAGUACGAAAGCAACUUCUGUACGGUCGCGCUUCAGUUCAUAGAAGAAGAGAAGAACUACUCUGUUCCGUCACCGGCCAACACUGCAGAGCCCGGUAACCUGACACCAGUGAGAGAAAGCCCUGCCAUCCCACGCCUGCGGUCGGUCAACUCGUACACAAAUAUCCGAGCGGCUACGACCGCCCGCAACCUGAACAAGAGCCUGCAGAACCUCAACCUCAACGAAGAGGGUGUUCCAGCCGCCUUCUCUCCUGGUAACCUGAGCAACAGCAGCAGUGCCAGCAGCACACUGGGCAGCCCGGACAACGACGAGUACAUCCUCUCCUUUGAAACCAUCGACAAGAUGCGGCGGGUGUCGUCGUAUUCGUCCCUCAACUCCCUCAUAGGUGUGUCCUUCAACAGUGUUUACACUCAGAUCUGGAGAGUGCUGCUACAUCUCGCCGCUGACCCCUUUCCCGAGGUGUCAGAUCUGGCCAUGAAGGUCCUCAACAGCAUAGCAUACAAGGCGACGAUGAACGCUCGACCUCAGAGGAUCCUGGACUCCGGAUCGCUCACGCAGUCGGCACCGGCCAGUCCCACCAGCAAGGGCACGCACAUACACCAGGCUGGUGGUUCUCCUCCGAUGCCCAGCACCAGCAGCUCCAGUCUGACCAACGACGUGCCCAAACCCCCGGCCAGAGAUCCGCCGGCCGCGCGGCCGCCCUACACUCCGACGCUGGGAGGACAAGCGCCGCACUCGCACCAGUUCCCGCGCACGCGCAAGAUGUUCGACAAAGGCCCCGAGCAGGCGGCCGAGGACGGCGACGACGCGGUCGGUCACAGGAUCUACAUCAGCGCCGCUCUCCAGACCGGCCUCUGUGAUUGGAGUGCAAAAUAUUUUGCCCAGCCUGUGAUGAAGAUCCCAGAGGAACAUGACCUGGAGAGUCAGGUGAGGAUGGAGCGGCAGUGGAGGUUCCUGAGGAAUGCUCGCGUGAGAAGACAAAGCCGAUGUACCACACAAAGAGGUAUCUCCCGUCUGGACGAUCAAAUAUUCAUCAACCGCAACCCUGGAGUACCGUCUGUCGUGAAGUUCCAUCCCUUCAACACCUGCAUCGCCGUGGCCGACAAGGACAGCAUCUGUUUCUGGGACUGGGAGAAGGGCGAGAGGCUGGACUACUUCUACAACGGAAACCCCCGUUACACUCGCAUCACGGCCAUGGAGUAUCUGAACGGACACGACUGUUCGCUACUGCUCACAGCAACAGAUGAUGGAGCGUUGCGUGUGUGGAAGAACUUUGCUGACCAGAAGAACCCAGAGAUGGUGACGGCGUGGCAGGGCCUUUCAGACAUGCUGCCCACUACCCGAGGUCAGCCCUCAGCCAGCGCUCACAGUCUUGCCAGAAGGGUCUCCAUAUAUCUUGACAGGAGUAAGCAAGGAGGUGCAGGGAUGGUCGUGGACUGGGAGCAGGAGACGGGACUGCUCAUGACGUCCGGAGACGUGCGAGUCAUCAGGAUCUGGGACACUGACCGGGAGAUGAAAGUCCAGGACAUCCCAACAGGAGCAGACAGCUGUGUCACCAGCCUCUCGUGCGACUCGCAGCGCUCGCUCAUCGCGGCGGGUCUUGGUGACGGAUCGGUGCGAGUCUUUGACAGGAGGAUGGGUCCAAACGAAAGCCGCGUGAUGACGUACAGGGAGCACGGCGCCUGGGUGGUCAAAGCUCAUCUGCAGAAGGAGACAGACGGACACGUCAUCAGCGUCAGUGUCAACGGAGACGUUCGAUUCUUCGACCCGCGGACGCCAGACUCCAUUAACGUGCUGCAGACGGUGAAGGGGUUAACGGCUCUGGACAUCCACCCACAGGCAAACCUGUUCGCCUGUGGAUCGAUGAACCAGUUCAUCGCCGUCUACAACGCUAACGGCGACGUGAUCAGCAACAUAAAAUACUACGACGGCUUCAUGGGACAAAGGAUCGGAGCCAUCAGCUGUUUAGCCUUCCAUCCUAACUGGCCACACUUGGCUGUCGGCAGCAACGACUACUACAUGUCCAUCUACUCAGCAGAGAAGAGACUCAGAUAACACACCAGCAUCGUCACACCUCCCUCCCUCCCUCCCAGUCUUUACCCGCCUCACCCACCAACGUAUGACUUGUGAACCUGGAGCCUCAAGCUCUGGGAUGUAAAUGAUAUAUUUUUUUUUUGUACAUAUGCAAUUACCACCCUGAAUGUUCUUGUGAUGGCUGCUGACAAAAAACUGCUACGACUACAUAUAUAUAUAUAUAUAUAUAUAUAUGUAUCUACACAUAUAUAUAUUAUUAUUAUUAUUAUUCUCAUUGUUUAAUCAUAUUCUUAUUAUGAAGCUGAUGAUUGUAGACUUGGCUGUGAGGAGGAGGAGGAGGAGUUUGUAUAUUUCAAUAGUCUAUACAGUAGAGAAGAGAGGAUCUAUUAUAAAGAAGUGGUACCAAAUCACUGAGGCUCUUCCUCCUCCUCCUCCUCCUCGUCGCCGCCGUCACGCAGCGAGCAUCACUACCUUGAACGAGGACUGUGGCAUAAGCAGCGAGGGGAAGGACUCGUCACACUCACCGGUGCAGGAAAAAAACAGGAGGAGGAGGAGGAGGCGUGGCCUCCGCUGGACGCCGCCCUUUUGUGUUUAUGAAAUUUUCUUUUAAACGUGCGGCUCUCGACCGAACCACGCAGACGUUGGUGAGGAGGGACACGCGCGGAGACGUGAUGAGUGUGUGUUUGUGCGCGCGUGCGUGUGUGUGUGUGUGAUUAUAGCACAGAUGUGUCCCCACAGUGGGACAUCAAGGCCUUGUCUCCCAUGGCGCGAGCAUGGAGCCGCUUCCUUCCUGCUUCCCUGACCCCAGCGUGCCAAACAUAAUCACGUUCUCCCUGCAGAACCGAGGUGUUUUUCUUUGUUGAUUUCUCUCUUCUCGCUCACCUGUAAUAAGGGAAAACCUCCUUCGCCUCCAAGGAGGAGACGCGACGUUGCCCCGCAGCAAUAAAACGACGCUUCAGUGGUUCAGCCUCUAAUCAGCAGGAACGUCGGCACGUCGGGUCACAGCUGACCUACAGUGCCCCCUGGUGCCACAAUACAGCAAUACAAGCAUCCCUCUCCUCUCGUUGCAAACCUGGAGUAACAGACGGUUCCACGCGUUGAGAUGAAGAAGAUUAUUUUGCUACAAACACAGAACAGAGAGAAAAACAAACACACCCCUCAAAGUUCCACGAGUGUCACCUGCUGCCUCUCAGUCUGUUUUUAAUUUCUGUUUCUCCGUCUUUGGUUUAAUUACCAGACGUUUGUUUGUCUGUUUGUUUGUUGCUGAUUUUGUUUUGCUUCACAAACGUGGAGCGACAUCAGCGUCGCUGGCUGUUUAUGUUGUUGUUGUUGUUGUUUUUUGUGCAGAUUCUCCAUGGAGAUUUUGCUUAUUUAGCCUUUUUUGUUUUUUUUGUUUUUUUUUUAAAUAUUCUUUUGUUUUUCUGUUGAAUUUUUUUAAUUCUGCAUUUUUGUUUACCUUCUCUUCUGCAAAGUUGGCAGAAAGAGAGAAUCGCCCACUUCCUCCUUGAGGUUUUUCCUCCUCACACACACACACACACACACACAUCACCUUCAUCAUGAUGAUGAUGAUGAGGAUCCUCCUCCCGUCACUGAGCUCUUUGAGCUGCUGCAGUGACUCUGACAAACACACAUUCAUCAUCUCUCAGCAGCUCCUGCUUUGAGUUUUAAGAUUUUAGAUCAGAGAGGAAGAAGAAGAAGACAAGAGACUUUAACGACGUAGUGCGAAAGGAAAACAAUCAGAUUUGUCUGUGUGACUUUUUGACUGCUUUUGUUGACUGUGGUUUAUGAAACAGGAGGUUGAAUCUGUGAAAUAAACCAAAUACAGCACCAAA